AUGCCCUUUGGUUUGAAAAAUGUGGGGUCUACUUAUCAACGGAUGAUGACUAAAAUGUUCGAACCACAAUUGGGCGGAAACAUUGAGGUCUACAUUGAUGAUCUGGUUGUGAAGAGCAAAGUGGCGUCCGAACAUGUGGAAGAUCUUGCGAGCAUUUUUGGGAUUUUGAGAAAGCACAAGCUACGCCUGAAUGCUUCAAAGUGUUUGUUUGGGGUAAGCUCUGGAAAGUUCUUGGGAUACAUGGUGACUCACAGGGGAAUUGAGGUGAAUCCAGAGCAGAUUAAGGCCAUUAAUGGCUUACAAGCACCUCGGAAUCCUAAGGAGGUGCAGAAACUGACAGGGAUGACUGCUGCGUUGAACCGAUUUAUAUCUAGGUCAGCCAAUAGGUGCAAACCCUUUUUCAUUUUACUGCAUAAGUGGAAAGGGUUUGAGUGGAUUGUAGAAUGUGCCAUAGCAUUUCAGCAGUUGAAAGAAUACUUAUCUCGGCCACCUAUCAUGUCCAGUUCGAAGGUGGAUGAGGUCCUGUUUGCCUACUUGGCGGUGGCCUCUCAUGCUGUCAGUUUUGUUUUGAUACAAGAAGACAGUGGUAUUCAAAAACCAGUCUAUUACGUAAAUUAUAUUGGGAGGGUUGCUAAAUGGGGCACGAUUUUGGGGGCUUUCGACAUCAAAUAUAUGCCUCGUACCUCUGUGAAAGGCCAGAUCCUUGCCGAUCUAGUAGCCGAGUUUGCUGAACUCCUAGAAGAAGCAGAGGUAAAGCAACAUGACAUGGAUGAAAAAUUGGUUGGCUUAAUCUCCACACAAGACACCUCAUCUUGGAAAGUAUAUGGAGACGGAGCAACAAACCAACGAGGAGCAGGAGUGGGACUAGUUCUGGUAUCCCCUAAAAAGAUCAUCAUUGAAAAGUCUUUGAGGCUGGGAUACUUGGCUACAAACAACGAAGCGAAAUAUGAAGCUUUGUUGAUGGGGAUGACUAUGGUCCAAAAAAUGGGCGAGAAGGAAGUGGAAGUGUUCUCUGAUUCAAGACUGAUUGUAGGCCAGGUAAAAGGGGAACUGGAAGCCCGAGAUGCAAGGAUGCAGGAAUAUUUGAGUCAAGUUAGGCGUGUGCAAACGAAAUUCGAAUCUUUUGACUUAUCGCAUAUUCCCAGAGGUGAAAAUACCCAUGCAAAUUCCUUAGCAACCCUUGCCACCUCCUCAGCACGGAAUUUGCCUCGGGUGAUAAUCAUUGAGGAUUUAUACACCCCUACCCCAACAGGGAAGGACAUGCUCUAG